AUGCGAAAAUUUUCUCAAAAUUCAAAAAAGAAAGAUAAUAACCGUCUUAUAAAAUGGAAAUCUCACGAAUUUCCGACUCUUGAUAAAGAACAAGUUCAAUCUUGGACCCCCGAACAACUUGUUGCUCACCUUUAUUCAAUAUUCAAUUUACAAAGAAAUUUUCAAAAUGAUCCAUUUAUAAAGGAUUUAUUGCAAAAAUUCAAAACAAUCGAAAUUGAUGGUAAUAGAUUUUUGGAAAUGGACAGAAACGAUUUUUUAAGAAUCGUUAAAGAAUGCCGAAAUCCUAAAGGGUAUAUAAUUGGAUUAUUGGAAGGGGAGAUGUUUAGAUUAAACGAUAUUUAUCGUGAUCCUUUUCAUCCAAGCAGAAUAAUUAAUUCCGAUAAAAGUUUUCAUUGUUUACUUGUUAGAAAUUUGGAUAUAAUCCCUCCUUCUCAUGACAUCCGUCGAUAUUUAGCCAGUCCUUUAACAUUACGAAUUCCUAUACCUUCAAUGUAUCUUCGUGAAAAUUUAAACCCGGGAAUUUUUUGUUACUUGAUUGCUCAAGAACAAUGCUUGAAUCAAUCUAAUUGCUUAAUGACUGCUCCAACUUUAUCUUUACCUUUCCUCACUGCUCUAACUUUUCCUUGCGUAAUUAAUUCUCAAGAUAUCGUUUUAUUAAAUUACACACUAAUUAUUGAUGCUCUAAUUCAAGGCACUUUCAAUAGUUUUCAACAAUUCGAAAAUUUUCAAUGGCUUUAUAUUGCUCGAACUACCACCAACAUCACUUCUUGUUCAACUGAAUCCCCUGAGGAUUCACUUCGUCCUGAUUGGAUGUGUUGGAUUAAUAAACUUUUACUUGUAUUUCAAGGAAUACAACUUUCCGAAGAUACAGAAUGGCAAAUUGGGAUCUACAAAUUAAUGUCUAAAAUUCAUUGGAGAUCAAUGUAUUAUGCUAAUUUACCAUAUACUUUCGCCUACAUUUCAAAAGGUCCAAAAUUAAGGUUUUAUUUAUAUCGACCAAAUUUUCAUCAAACUUUCACACCAUUAAUUCAAAUAUCUCAAGAAUUUGAUUUGGAUUCCAUAAUGGAUCGACUUGGAAUUAUAAAGACAACUCUUAAUAUUUAUUCAAUUUUCAAAACCAUUAAAAGGCAAUGGAAUCAUUUCACAAAAAUGACAAUAUUUCCUUCUUCAACCAUUAAUCCAUUAUAUUUAUCAAUUCAAAGAAAUGGUGAAAUUACAAUAGAAUUUCUUGGAGAAUUUGUUAGAAAAACUGUAUCAAAAAAUUUUAUGAAUCUUUAUUUCGAUUAUAAAGUCUUAUGUGAAAUUUAUCAAGACACUAGAUUCAUUAAGAAUUUGGUACAUUGCGUUGACAAUGAUUGUAAUUAUUCAACACCUAUAAUGAAACAAGAUGGUGGAUGUAAAAUAUUGAUUCAUCCAGUUGGAUAUAAUUAUUAUCCCAAAAAUGAAAAUGAAUUAAGGAAUUGUUUUAAGACUAUAUUGGAAGUACUUCGAGAUAUGCACAAUGUAGGAUGGACACAUCGAGAUAUUCACUGGGGAAAUAUAAUGAGACAAGAAGAUAAUAAUAAAGCUGGUGAAUGGUUAUUAAUUGAUUUGGAAUUGGGUAGAAGAGUUAAUGAUAUCUUGGAUAUCACUUUAUGGAACAGGUGGCCUAAGGAAGCUGAAAAAGGGAAAAUAUAUAAAGCAAAUUAUGAUGUUUGGCAAAUAUGGAGAGUAAUACAAGAAAGGGGUGAUGAUACUAAAGGUUACAGUAAGAAAUUUUGGAGUUUUCAGGAAAUGAUUGGAAGAGCGGUUAAAGACGAUAUUAAUGCUGAAAUUGCAUUAAAACACGAGUGGUUUGGUGAAAAAUUUUCGUUAGAAUCGCAAAUAGUAAAAGCAAAUUUAUCGUUAUCGGGUUUAAGUUGUGCAAGUUGUAUUCAUUCAAUUGAACAAGUUCUAAAAAAACUUCCAGGCGUAUUAACAAAUUCAAUCCACGUAAAUCUACUUAUGAGCAAUGCCUCUCUAGAAUUUGACAGGUCAAAAGUUUCUAUGGAACAAAUUAAAACAGCGAUAAAUGAUAGUGGAUAUAAGGUGAAAGACGCAAAUAUUGAAGAAGAAAAAUCACAAAGUCAAAAUGAAAUGCGUGAGGAAAAUACGGAAAACGUUAUUAGUAUAAUAGAUUCUGACACAAAUCAAAUUGAAAAUGUGACGAUUACAAUGUUAUCAAUUGAUGGAAUUUCGUGUGCAUCAUGUAUAAACACCAUAGAACAAGCUAUCAGACCCUUGACUGGUGUAAAGCAUAUUCAUGCUAAUCUUCUUACUAGUGAAGCCAUCAUAAAACACGACAAUAAUAAAAUCGGUCCACGUGAUUUAAUAAAGGCUCUUGAUGAAUUGGGAUACGAAUCUCAACUAAUAAAAAAUAAUUUUUCUAAUCAAGAUGGAAAUAAUAUACGUGAACGUGCUGAAAGAGAGCAACUAAAACUGAAGAACCAUUUUCUUUGGUCUUUGCUUUUCGCCAUUCCAACAUUUAUUAUUUCCAUGAUAUUUAUGUUAAUUUUACCCAAAACAAAUAAUGUUCGUAUGGCAUUUGAAUAUCAAAUUAUUCCCGGUCUUGAAGUGGCCACAUUAAUACUUUUCAUUCUUUCUACACCUGUACAAUUUUUAUUGGGUUAUCCUUUUUACGUCAAAGGAAUUCGAUCUAUUUGGUAUUCACAUCAAGCCAACAUGGAUACUCUUGUUGCUGUUGGAACUACUGUGGCAUACUUUGGAUCAUUGCUUAAUGUUGUAAUACCGAUUGCUGAAAAAAGAGAUACAGUAGGUCAACAAUUUUUUGAAACUAGUGUUUUUCUCAUUACUUUUAUUUGGCUUGGAAGAUGGUUAGAAUCAAAAGCCAAGGGUAAAACUUUUGAGACAAUUACAAAAUUGAUGGAAUUGCAACCAGAAAAAGCCACCCUUAUAACUAUCAAAGAUGAUCACAAAGUGAUUGAAGAACGAGAUAUUGAUUUAGGACUUGUACAAGUUGGUGAUAUUCUGAAAGUCAAUCCUGGUGCUCGAAUCCCAUCUGAUGGAAAAAUAUAUCGAGGGACAACAUCUUUAGAUGAAUCCAUGUUAACUGGAGAAUCCAUUCCUGUGACUAAAUACGAAGGUGACGAAGUUAUCACUGCAACAGUAAAUUUAUCAUCAAUGAUUUGGAUUAAAACUACUCGUGUAGGUUCAAACACAACACUUUCUCGAAUAAUUGAUCUAGUAAAACAAGCUCAAUCAAGCAAGAAAGCUCCGAUUGAAGCUCUGGCUGAUAAAAUCGCACAAAUAUUCGUUCCCGCAGUAAUUGUGCUAGCUAUCAUUGAUUUUAUUGUCUGGAUUUCAUUAGGUGCUGCGGGUAAAAUUCCAAUUGAUUGGUUGCCAGAAAAUGAAAAUUAUGUAAUUUUUUCUCUCUUUUUUGCUAUAAGUGUUUUAGUUAUAGCUUGUCCUUGUGCUAUGGGUCUUGCUUCACCAGCUGCUAUCAUGGUUGGUACUGGAAUAGCUGCUCGGUAUGGUGUUUUGAUUAAAGGAGGUGGUGAAGCGAUAGAGAUGGCAUUCCGAUUAAAUAUUAUUGCAUUUGAUAAGACUGGUACUUUAACUUAUGGAAAACCACAUGUUGUAGACACCAGAAUUUUAUAUGAAAAACCAACUUCGGAAAUAAAUAAUGAAGAAUAUAACUCCUAUCGUGAAUUACUUUGGCAAAUUAUUGGUCAUGUGGAAUCUUCUAGUGAUCACCCCAUGGCAAAAGCAGUAACUCAAUAUGUAAACGAAAAUAUAUCGAAAAAAGAAAACAAUAUAAUUAUGAAAUCAGUCACCGAGGUUCCAGGAAAAGGUCUCAAAGCUACCAUAACGAUUCAUGAUUCCAUAUCACAAAAUUUACUUCCUAUCAAGGCAAACAACGAUAAUUUAUCUUACAAUGUCUUUAUAGGCAAUGAAAGAUGGUUAAAAGAAAACGGAUGUAUAUAUCCCUUUCAUGUAACACAACACGCAGAAAACGCACUUCAGGAAUGGCAAAGUUUGGGAUAUUCUAUAGUCCUUGUUGGCCUUUCGAUAAAAUUCAAUAAUGAUAAACAAAGAGAAUCGGGAUACAUAUUAGCACAAUUGGGAAUUUCCGAUAUCCCAAGACCAGAUGCUUCAAAAACUGUAGCAACAUUAAAAUCACUUGGUAUAGAAGUUUGGAUGAUAACUGGAGAUCAUCCAAUCACAGCAAAAGUUAUUGGUCAAAAACUUGGGAUUGAAAAUAUUUUUGCGGAAGUUACUCCAGAAAUGAAAACGGAAAAAAUUAAAUGGUUACAACGAAAAGGAUACAUUGAUAAUUCAAAUCGUCAUAAUUUUUUGAAAUUAUUAACUCGAAAUCGUAAUACACAAAGACCAAUAGUAGCUAUGUUAGGAGAUGGUAUAAAUGAUUCGCCAGCAUUAGCGCAAGCAGAUUUACCAAUUUCAAUUGCAAGCGCAACCGAUGUUGCGAUAGAAACAGCAUCAAUCAUUCUAACUAGAUCGACACUUUCAUCUUUGAUUACAUUAAUUAAUUUAGCAAAAGCGAUAAUAUGGAGAAUUAGAUUAAAUUUUAUAUGGGCUUAUAUUUAUAAUACUUUGUCUAUACCAAUAGCAGCUGGUAUAUUCUUUCCUUUAUUUAAAUACGGGUUGAGACCUGAAAUAGCUAGUUUAGCAAUGAUAAUAAGUAGUGUUAGUGUGAUAUUGAGUAGUUUGCAUUUGAAGAAAUUUAAAGAACCUAAAGAAGUAAAAUAUUAG